AAAACAAUUACCAUUACCAAUAAUUGAAACUCCAGCUGAUUCUGAAUUAGAAUUUGGAAUUGGAAUGGGAAUGGGAAUGGGGAUGGGGAUGGGGAUGGGAAUGGGAGUGGGGAUUAAUCAAAUAAAUAAUACUACAACUAAUGAUGAACUGGGAGAUUCAUCAUUAUCAUUAAUUGAUAAAUCAAGUAUACCAGUAAUAUUAAGAAUUGAAGAUACAGAAUUCUUAUUAUAUCCUAUAGAUCAAUCAUAUUGUCAAUUAGAUUGUUCAGUAUUUGUAUCAUUAUAUGAUGAUAGUCAAAUACUAUUAUAUACAAUUAAAGAAUUUUUAUUUUAUAUAAGAAAUAAUGAUGAUUUACAAGAAAUUACUCAAUUUAAUGAUACUCAAUCACUUGUACUUAAUAUACCUGAAUUUAAUAAUUUAAAAAUUACUGAAACUGAUAUUAAUGCUGAAGAAAUAAGAUUACAAGAUUUACUUAUAUUAUUUGCAAAAUUACGAUCAAAUUCUAUGAAAUCACUCGAAAUACCAGAAAGAAUUACUUUAAUAAUUACUAGUAUAACUAAUUUUGCAAGUAAAUUUAAAUAUCUUAAUGGUUUAGCUGAUGAAGGGAAAGGAUUUGAUAAAAUAUUUGAAGAUAAAUUAAAUAAUUCAUCUAAAAAUUCACCUAAAAAUUCUAAUUCGAAUUCUAAUCCUUUAAAGAGGCCAAGAUUAUCUAAUGAUUAACGUAUAUAUUUAUUGUAAUAUACAACA